GAAUGAUAUGUAUUUUAGAUGUAGUUAGGAAAUCCUCGCCUAGUGCCCCAGUCGUGAGGAGCUGCCCUGGGACUCUCGAAACAUCCCUCAGGAGCAGCGACGAGCCGAAAAGCAGCCUGCACUGCGAAUGCAGAACCUAAAGAGGAGAUAUACAACACCACUACGAGCCUACAAGUCAUACCUGCUUACACACUGAGUGUGCGCCUGUGGGCCGGCUGGUUACGUCGGCAUCAUCGUCGAACUUGUUAGACUCCCGAGUCGCCUUUUCCUCCGGAGGGACUGGCUUCAAGUAGCAAUGCCGUCUCACGGCCAUUCAGGCGCCGGCAGCGGCUCCUCGCCCCACGCUGGCCGCAACGGCCGGCCCCCCUCCAUGCGUUCCCUCAUGGACCUUCCUUUCGAUCAGCUGGCAGCCGGUGUGGAGCGAUCCGCCGCCGGCGGCUUCACGGGAGGAUCAGCAGCAGCAGCAGGAGGGGCACUACUGCCGCCGCUACGGUCCUCCCUGCUGCCACCUCUGCCGCCCCUGUCCUCCCUGGCGCGACAGCUGCUACAGCCGCCGUCACCGGUGCGGAGGUCUCGGAGCGGCAACAGCCGGGAAGGCGGCGGUGGCGGUGGAGGUGGAGGAGGAGGAGCAGCAGGCGAUGAUUGGCCCUUGGAUUUAUUAGGCGAGUUUCCCUGGCCUCGAUCCUCCCACCACCUCCACCCCCACACCAACCACCAUCUGCCAGCUUCCAGCCUAGCGCAGCUGCUGCUAUCAGGCGACCCCUCACCAACAACAGCAGCAGGCGGUGCUGCGGCUGCAGCUACUGCUGCUCCCGGUUUGGAGGCCCGCACCAGCAUGCGCUACCUGCACCCCCACCCCCACGCCUCGGGCCUAACCAGCCCAGAACGCCUGAUGAUGAUGCUGAUGCGCCACCCCAGCAGCGCCAGUGGUAGCGGCGGCAGGCUGCGCACUCCGGGGUAUGCUGCUGCUGGUGGUGGUGAAGGUGAUGGAGGUGGGGGACAGCAGCUGCCGUACAGUUACGAGCAGCUGUUGGCGCUAGACGAGGGGCGGCUGGUGCGGGCGGUGAAGCCGGAGGUCAUACGGGCG